CAAUGAACCAUCAGGCGGUGAGAGGCACGCAUGUUGGGCUGGAGGCAUUGGCACGGUUUUAGCACAUUAUUAUUUUCAAUUGUGCCUUUUCUUUGGUUUAUUGAGUCAUUUUCCAAGUACUGAUACACUGUAUGGCGGUUACAAGGCUCAGCUGGAAAGGGUUGCUUCGUCGAGUUUGAUGAAAACGAGGUCGGGAUCAGACUAUCGUUAGCCCCUCCUGGUGGAUUUUUUUUUUCGUUAUUUUUUUCAAGCCCACAAAGCAAGGCAGAUAAAAAUGUCGUUGACUGCUUCGUCAGAUUAUUUCGCCGCCGAGUGUCUGGUAUCGAUAUCCAGCGGUCCUGUCCUGCACAGACCCACCCCGGUCGCCCCCGCCACCCAAGCGGCCACGGUGGGCCUGAUCCCUGGGGAGCCCGACGGGUCGAGCGAGGACAGGGAAGUGCGGGAGACACUGGGGCUCGAGGGGGCGAACAUGAUGGCGGUGGCCGGUAUCCUCACCGACCUGCACGGUAAGUUCCGCCCUAUGUCGGCCUACUCGGAGAGCAGCAACUCCUCGUGUGGUGGGGAGAGCGGUUAUACCACGUUGUCCGACCCGACCACCCCUACCAUGACCCCCUCCGCCACCCCGGUCCCCGGACAGCAACAGCAGCUGAGGGCGGGAGGAGGAGGAGGUGUGGGGGCCCCGCGCUCCCCGGUGAAGCGACAUCAGUGCACUUUUGACGGAUGCGACAGAGUUUACGGGAAAUCGUCCCACCUGAAGGCACACAUCCGGACACACACAGGUGAGAGGCCAUUCCCGUGCGCCUGGCCCGACUGUGAGAAGAAGUUUGCCCGCUCCGAUGAGCUAGCCCGCCAUACCCGCACCCACACAGGGGAAAAGCGCUUCCUGUGCCCACUGUGCGAUAAGCGCUUCAUGCGCAGCGACCACCUGAUCAAGCACGCCCGCCGUCAUCCUGACUUCCAGCCCUCCAUGUUGAAACGCAACAAGGGCACAUCCUCCUCUUCCAAUCCCAUCAGGAUGGUUAGCGGUGGGGGUUCCACGGCAGGAACACAGAGGGGUCAAAGUGGUUUCAAGUUAACCAGCAACAAUCAGAUCCACUGAAUAUGAUUUAGCAUUGCUGUGUUGUACUCAAAAAUGUGCACAUAACACACAGACACACGUAUACAAGCCAAUACGUAAAGCUGGAUGUGAGGGGGAAGUAGCCUCAUCGCUCCUUCAACACAGAUGAGUCAUGUGACCACUACCCCACUGCUCAAAAUAACAAGGGUUGGGUAUAGAAAAUGUUCCAAAUCUAUAAGAACUGGGGGUUCGUUAAGAAAUGUGCUUUUCGAUUCCACCUAUCGUUUCCUGAAAGCAAAGUUUGGACCUACCGCACUUCAUUUCCGUUGCCGGUCACACAUGUAUCAAAGCAUGUGCAUCAUGUUUACAGUAUGACAGACUGGAGCUGGCUUUCAAAAGUAUGGCUUCGCUAAAGAUUGUAGUGAUGCAGUGAAAUGUCAUCACUGCAUGAAAAUGAAUACACACAAGGGGAAAAAAAACUGUCUUGUAUGAUAACACAUUUACUAUAGAAUGGUAUAAGAAUACAGCAUUUUUGAUGUCCUGUAUCAUGACAUGGUGAUAUUAAAUUGCAAAACCUUUUUAUAGAUCAAAUAACCAGAUGGGAAUGACUGUUUUUUGGUUAAUCCGCUAAAUUAGAUACAGGACAAAUCAAGGUACUUCAUCACAUUGAUGUAAAAAUUCUGUAACAGCAGUUAUGUCAUGAAGCAGUCCUGCUUGUUGAUUUGACAGUGACAAUAUUAUUAGGCUUUAAUGCCACACAGAGAAAAAAAUAAUGUCAAACCAUUCAACAUGGCACGACAGAGAAUAUUUUGAUUUCUCUCUCUUUUUUUUUUUUUUUAGACAAAAACAAAUCACAAAAUCCAUCGUCAUUUAUUGCAUGUUUAUGGCAGCUCAAACCCUGUCAAAAUAAAUGUGGUUUUUGCUUUCAGCAUACUUUGGUUUCUUUUCUCACUCAGGAUUCGAUUAGAGUGGAAAUCAUUAAGCAGAUUGGAACUGGAGAAAAACCCCAACCCUAAAAAUAACCUCAUCACCUAAAACUGAAACACUUUCACAGAUUGCAGGGACCUUCCACAUUUUCUGUAAAAUAUUCUGCACAUAUAUCAUCAGCCAAAACUUCCGUUUUUUCUGGUUAAUUUGUAGAUUGCUGCGCUCUUCAGUACCAUUUCUUUACCAUGAGUAGCACAAUAUUGUGAUAUUAGCUAGCGAGGCAGUGACUAGAAGUCUUUUAGCUUUUCGUUAUGUUUUGUUUUGUUUUAGCUUUGCUGAUUCCAUAUAAAAGUUUUAGCGGUGACACAUUCCUUAAUUUUUAUUGAAUUAGUAACCAUCAUUGCAGUGAUUUGUUAAUAUUUUUUCUUUGUAUAUUCAAUUUGAUUAUAGAUCAAAUAUUAAUUUUACCAGGAAGUGGAUAAAACUGUUUUGCAUGCCAUCCUCAAGUCUAGAUCAGUUGUCAUCCAUGAAAUGCUGACACAUAAUACAUAGUGGUGUUAUGUCUAAUACUGAUGCAAAUGUAUAUAAGCUUCAAGCUUUUAAUGUAGAAAACUGGUAAUGCUACUAGCAGCAGAAUUAAUACAUGUGAUGAAUUUGUAGUCCUUAUAUUAGGGGUGACAGUAUACGAUUGAUAGGAUGGCAUUGCCUGUGAGUGUCAGUGUGUAUGUGUUUUUUAUUCACAUUUUUAUUAGCGCCGGAACUGGGAAUAGUGUGUAUGUGAUUGUAUCAAAAUAUCUGUGUGUGUGGGGGGGUUGUGUGCUUGACUCUCAGCCUGCUGCCUUCAAAGUAAAAGUACCCACCGCACUCAUCAGGGGUGGCGAGCCAGACGGCAGAACACAUUUCAGGAUCAGGUGUGCCAGGUGUUUCUUUACAUGGUUUGAGUUUCAGCAGCAGAUGAACCAGAGCCUCAUAUAUGACAGUGGGGAAUGAAAACUAUAUUUAAUUAAACUUCCUCAUUUUCUUUCAAUGGGAUUGUUCAGGAAAGCUAAUACCAGUAGACCCAAGGAGGAUAUUUUCACUUGUCAAAGCAGCAAAAGCACAGGUGCAACUAAUAAAGCUGAAAAAGCCCUGUUCUAUGGAGGCGUGUUAUUGACCCAGUGUGCACAAGAUGCUUGUAAACAGGAAGCAGCCAUUAAUGGUCUCUUUAGUUACACCUGUGUGUGACAAGUUAAAAUGUCUGCUGUGAUUAAGACAUCAUGCUGUGUUAGAAUUAAAGCCUGUUCAGUGUAUUUGAGAAACCUGACACCUCAAUAUUCCUAUAUGCCAAAAAGUCCAAAAACUCACGUGUUUUGUUCAUGCUUAACAGAAUCAACCAAACCUCAAGGAAAUUAGUUGUUUAAAAUCUAUUCGGGUACACACAGUGUCCAGGUCUGAUUCCAGAGGCUGAAUUUUUUUCUCUCUCUCCUGUUUCCACACUGUUUGUCCAGCUCAUGGACAUGUUCCUUUAUCUCAGAGAACGACACUUCAGGAAAAUCUGAAAGCCUUAAACUAUGUCAUAACUACUUUGCACCAUGUUUACAGUUGGAUCAUUGUAUAGGUAUAUAUGCCCUUUUGUUGGGGUUAUUACAGAUACUCAUUAUGCAAUAUGGCACUUUUUUUCUUACAGGUGUAUUUGGCUGAAUAGUGUAAUGGCUUGCACUGUUACUUCGCUUCUGUAAGCAAGCACUGUGGAACCUUGCUAGUGUGUUGUUAGCCAAUGGUUUGUAAAACUGCCUUUUUGUCCAAGUGCUUUAGAACGUUUGAUAAAAGAACUGGGUAGUUUUCUUUUUAUUCUUACUUUUAGUGUUUGCUUAGUUAUUCAGGCUAUCUCUUGUUGUGGAACUUGUGUUGUUUUGUUUUUUGUUGGUUUUUUUUUUUCUUAUUUUCUGAAUGGAACACGCUUCAUUUGUGCUUCCAGAUCUGUUGACUUUGUCUCCUCCACACUAAAAUUCAAAGAGGAAGACUGCAUUCGUCCUCAUUCAUCCGUCAAACCAUGUACACACACCAUUUAACUGAUCUCGUUUUAAUGGGAGCUGUACUCAUUGGAGCGAACGCAACACUUUUGUACACAUUUCUUCCUCAGAGGUUCAAUCUGUUGACAGUUUUUUGGUUGCUGCUGGCAGUAACCUUGAACACAUGGACUGUUUAACGCAAGGAACACACACACACAAUAUACUCGUCUUUACGUCUUCGAAUGGACAUAUCUUCUCCCGUCUCUCCUCACAGAUGGGAGUGUCUUCUCACACAGACUAUCAGGUCUCAAAGCUAUAAUAUCACCAGAACAACAUACCUCACACUUUUUUUUCUUUUUUUUGUGGUGUCUGUUCAAAAUCCAUCCAACCUGUCUUUCAGAAAUUCCUAUAAGCCACUGAGCCUUGGGUUCCAGAAAUGUGUUUGUAUCAGCUAGAUGGUCCAUAGUGUACCCUUAUCCUCACCUUAUGCAACUUCACUACUACCUGUGUAGCAGCAGAAUUUCCAUUUUCCUUGCCUCAAUGAACUUCUGUUGUUAAUAGACAGUAGCAAAUGAGUCUGCUGGAUAAAUCCUGCACCAACAGCCCCUGUCAUUAAGACAAGCAGGAGUUUUAGUCACCAAGGGAAAGACUCACUGCUGGGUGCCAGAGGCUUAAAAAGGAGUAUUAAAAUGAGAAUUAAAAGAAAACAAAAACUGUCACUUCACUGUAGAUUUCAUUUGAAAGAGCUCGGUCCAAAUCUAUUUGUUCAUAUCACUGAAUGUGGCUUGACGACAGAUGAGCAUAACCUACUUUGUAUUUCAGUUUUCCUGCGCUGCCUCGCUGAGAAAAUAAUGAUAAUAAUGCGAUCUUUUCUCUUGUCACCACACUAAUUCAGAUAUGCACAUUGUACAGAAAAGGAUGUUGUUUUUAAAUUGAUGCCUAAUUUUUACAUUAAUGUAAUUUUUAAAAAAUCCUCUUAUCAAAGCUUUAGUUAAGGAGGAACUGUGGAACUAAAUAAUUGCUGCAACAAGCUGUUUUGAUAUUUAUAUUCUCAGGUGUCUUCAAUUUUGAGCAUUGGAUUUUCAAUACUUCCUGUUCAACACCUAAAUACAAGCAUGUAUUAUCUCUUGUUUUGCCGAUUAAUUUAUUCCAAAAUUAUGUAUCAUUUGAGUGGUUUAAUUAUUCUUUUCAUAACUCAUUUUGUGAUAUGGAACAGUACUAAUAUUAAAUGGUUCCAUUGUUUGCUUGACAUGAGAAUACCAGUGCUUUUUUUAAAAAAGAAAUAAAGAUCCUUAAGUUGA